AUGUUAAAUUUUAAUCUGCCUCUUAUAACAACAAUUUUGAAGUUCCUAUCUAUAUUAUUGGAGCAAAAUGGAGACCAAGUUUAUGGGCAUGUAUCCUGGAGCGUGCACCGUAGCUCUAAGGCGAGUUAUGGACGCUAUGUCGUUGUUCUAUGAAAAUCGCUCAGCUGCCCAUCGACGCAAGCAUUUUAAAGUGAUCCAAUGUCCAAGGCCAGGACUAUGUUUUGUCUUCCACGGCAUGAUCCUAAUGGCAUGUGAGCAUUUUGUUAUAGAUUUUCUCACCAAGCAGGGAAGUGAAAUAUGCGAGGAGUGCGAUGUACUGCUGCAAAUAGGAUCUCGACUUCCUCAAAAUUAUAUAACGCGCAAUUCACGUCUCAAGGGAAAAUGGGGGCCCGAGGAAAAUUCUUCCUAUCUAACCUUCCAGCUAAACCGGGGAAAGUCGUUUUGGAUGCAAAUAUUACUUACGGAGGAGUGCUUCUUUAUUUCAGUUAAUGGCUAUCAUUUUGCGAAAUAUAUUCACCGUUUGCCUUAUCGAUGGUUGGAAGCUGUGGAUGUACUCGGGGAUGUCUCCGACAUCGUUAUCGAUACGUACUACGUUUCCGAGUAUCCUAUACGCCUAACACAUUCAUUGCCUCAACCCAUUCCACAUUUAACAAAGCUUCAGCGAGAUGAACAGAACACGGAAACUGAAUGGUUGGUCUUGUCUUCUCUGGCAAAGAUGUCAUCUAAAAAGUUCCUCUACCACCCGAGCCUCCCUCUUCCUUUCUAUGGAAAGCUGCUGGACGAAAACGUCCUCAUAGAAGGAAGUGCACUUCGAAUCGAAGGUCGGGUGCGAUUGAUGCCCCAAAGAUUCAGUAUAGCGUUUCAGAAAGGACAGGAAAUUUGGCCGCAACCCGCAGUGUCAUUCUAUUUUAGUCCCUGCUUCUUGCGAAGUAGGAACGACAAAAUCGGCACGGCUAUUAUUACACGACGUGCCUAUUUAAACGGUGAGUGGGUGAACUGUACAUCGUCUCGCUUGAACACAAGUCUACGGCCAGGAGGUGCCUUUGUCAUAGUAAUCGUAUGCCGAGAUAGCUACUACGAAUUGUUUGUAAACAACAGGUCCUUGUUUCAUUUCAAGUAUCAAAUGAAGCCAGAUUGUGUCGACAUUGUGAAUAUUCGUGGAGAUAUCAAGCUUUGGGAAGUAGUAGUUGAGAGCAACACUUCCUACAAAAAACCACGAGUUCGAACUGCCAUGGAACGAGCUAUAGGUGCCUGGAAGCGAUCUGAAAUCCCCCAACUUCAAAUAUAAUUAAAAUAGUGUCAAAAAUCAGCUAUGUCGAAAAACGCAGUUCACGAAUUAAUAAAUCAAUGACGUCCAAA